GUGCAUUGUUUUAAUCCAGUUUAUGGUUCCACAACGACAGUCCAUGACGCCAGUUUGAUUCCUUGUGUGACCACAGACUUUUUGUUGUUGUUAUUGUUGUUUGUUCAGCCCAUAAAUCGUCAAUUGUACGUGUGAGUAAAAGAAAUACGAUGAUAGAGCAGAAUUGAUGUAUUGCAAUUGGAUAAGGCCAGACGUGGUUAAGUUUGUGUCAAUUGUUAAUUUUCACGUCUUGUUUGAAACUCCAUUUUUAUUUUGCACGUAUUUCAUUAUCAGUUGACUAGGUUUGUAAGUUUUAUCUCUUUUUUCUUUCUUAUACCCAACUAAAUGGAAAAAGCAUUAACAGAAACAUUGGCAACCAAUGCCACGACCGAUGUCAUAUUCGAAACAGUGUCAACACCACAAAAGCGGUCAGUCAUUUCUAAAGUAGUCGGGUUUGUUCCCAUGUUACUCUUAAAGAUUGUUGGAUUCGCAACGAUCUCGACACCAUUAUUCUUCUACCGGAUUCUGACCUGGUCUUUUACUCUACACCUAAACUUCUCGUCUUUAUUGGUAAUUUUGGCAGUUAUGGCGACUUUAACUUAUCUUAUUGUGCGCUAUCGAUUCCUGACAAAAUAUUCCCGCUUGAAACCCAUUAAUCCCCCUAAAGUAGCCUCCUCCUUUGACUUACAUCCUGAUACCGAAGAAGACGCUGAAAAGCCUGGAUACAAGAACUACCCGGACGAAUUUUUAUCCGCCUUUCUGUCCUCUAUCAAAAUCUUUGGAUAUCUGGAACAACCCGUGUUUCAUGAACUGGCCAGACACCUUCAAACCAAAAAGCUGUUGGCCGGAGAUACUCUUUUUAGGAAUCCGGAUCAAGAGCGAUCAUUUUACAUUGUGGUGGAUGGACACGUGCAAAUGUUUGUAAAGCCUGAUAACGCUGAUGAAGAGGACGACUCAGAUAGCGACGAUAGUCAGCAGUGGUUGGAAGAAGAAGACGAUACUUUGGAUGCUCAUGGGAAAAGAGACAAGUUUAGGAAAUAUACGCUGAUCAAUGAAGUGAGCGCAGGUGGUACUCUAUCAAGUUUAUUCACUAUAUUGUCUAUCUUUAGAGAGAGUUUUAAUAGAUCAGAAGCAAAGGAAAAGCAACGUCAAAAACCAACUUCAAAAUCUCAACUUUCCCGUAUGGCACCUCAUGAAAACUCAAGAGAUGAAUGGCGACAAGUUUUUCCCGGCUUAGAAGAUCCUUCUCUUGUCACAAGCAAUGCAUCUUCAAGACCCGAUUCUGAAUCAAGUGCCUCUGGUUUACGAAGAAGAAGUAGAACCACUCAUCAAACAACCACCGAAUCAUUAGAUGACACCUAUUUCAGUGGCGAAAUAGAACAUGAUAAUACGGGCAUAUCCGCUGAUUCCUAUGGUUUAGCUAUGCCUAUCCCAUUAAGAAAGCUUUCUGCCUCUUCAUCAACCUCUCACAAAAGACCAUCCAUUAGCACUGCCCCCUCGCGCCGUUCUUACAGAUCUGUGCAUCCCAAUAUAAUUGCACGUGCCACUGUUGACACAACAUUAGCGGUUAUCCCAGAAGAGGCCUUUCACAAGCUGACCCAAAAAUUUCCAAAAGCAGCUGCCCAUAUCGUGCAGGUGAUUGUAACAAGAUUUCAACGAGUUACCUUGAUGACAAGUCAUCGUUAUCUGGGUCUUACCAAAGAAUUAUUACGCCUGGAAAAGUUAGUGAAUGAAUCCGCCAGUUUGCAUGAAUUACCGCCUAAUUUCUUUGCUCCUGGAGGUAUGGAUCGUCUUAGACGCAAGUUUAACGACGAAGAAGCAAAUUCAGAGGAUGGGGAUGGCAGUUUAGGCCCUUCUGAAAUCAGCCGUAGUGAAAGUUCGGGUAUUAUUCAAGCCAUUGGUAUCAUUGAUAUACCAGGUACCCCUUCUUUGCAUAUCAACAGUCCCGCCUCAAACACACUCGGUACGUCUCCUUCUGGGGGUGGGUCUCCGCUAUUGAUUCAUCAAAAGUUGAACACGCGAGGUGAGUACAGUAUGGAAGACGAUGAACAUUUACGUACUUCUGUUAUGACUUGUGUUUCGGAUGCGUUGGGUAUCAAGACUUUACUUCCUUCUGCGGAUGACAAUGCGCCAAGAUCUCCUUUCAAUAUGUCCCCUCGUCAUCCUCGUCGUUUUCCCAGUGAUGACCGUGCUCGUCCCCAAUAUCCUAUGGAUCUCUUUUCACACACAGGUAGUAUGGAUUCUAUGAACUCUCCAUCUAUGGAUGAAUACGAUGCAAAUGAUUAUGAUGACGAUGUUCGGUCCACUACCUCCUCCAUGCACUCAGGUGGCAACAACUCAGACAUAUUUAACAAGAACAAGAAGUCCGAUCCUAUUUCUCCUGACGAUAUCCAAAUCUUGUACUUUCCAAAGGAUGCUGUAUUGGUGAGAGAAGGUGCACAUAACAACGGUUUAUUCUUUGUGAUUGAUGGUCUCUUGGAGGCUUCAAUGACACCAGCUGUAGGCGAGGACGUUCUUGUAUCCCGAAAAGAUACACCUGCUACUCGCAAGAAAGCAAGCCGUCAAUACUUGAACCGUAAAAAAUCGCGCAUUUCCGAAACCAGUUUCAGUAGUCCCAAUCAGCGAUUACCGGAUCCCAAGAACCCGCCACCUAAUAGUACGAGUGCGAAGGAGGAUAAGGUGGUUGCUUCAGAGUCUCCCGCUGGUCGUACCCCUGAAAAAGAUGAAAAGGGCGAUGAUGAAGAAAGGGUCAAGAAGCCCUUGUUUAUUAUUAAGCCUGGUGGAUUAGCAGGAUAUUUGGAUGCGUUGACUGGUUUUCCCAGUUUUGUGGAAAUUCGUGCAAAGACGGACACUUAUGUUGGCUAUGUUUCAAAGAAGCGUCUGGAUCGAAUCACGGAUAAGAAUCCUUCGGUCAUGUUGAAGUUGGCUAACCAACUUGUUGGACAUGUCAGCCCUUUAAUUCUUCAUAUCGAUAUUUCGUUGGAAUGGAUGCAAGUCAAUGCGGGACAGAUUAUUUGUAAAGAAGGCGAGCCAAGUGAUGCUAUAUAUAUGGUCUUACAUGGACGUUUAAGAACUAUUCAUGAAAAGAAUGAAGGUGAUCUCGAAAUUCUCGGUGAAUUCGGUCAAGGUGACAGCGUUGGUGAACUAGAAGUUUUAACCGGAGUCCCUACUUCAUCCACAUUGCAUGCUAUUCGUGAUACCGAACUUGCGCGUAUGCCCAAGACUUUGUUUAAUGCUUUGGCACUUCGUCACCCUGAAAUCACGUUACAGAUCUCUCGCAUGGUAGCAUUUCGUUCACUUCAACUGGCAAUGAACCGCAAGUCUCCUAGCGAAAUGCAAAAUCCAAAUGUCUUCCACCUCAAAUCUGACGCCGAUGCCUCUGCCGCCAUCUCGUCUAUCACCAGUGGGGGUCCCAAUAAGUUUCCAGAGCUAUAUGGUCGUAACAAUGUCAAUUUAAAGACAAUUGGUAUCAUUCCUGUCAAUUCUUCAGUCCCCGUGACAGAAUUCGCCGAAAGUUUGAAGGCAGAAUUAUUACACGCAGUAGGUGCUACGUGUGCCCUCUUAAAUAGUGCAACCGUGACCAGUGUCAUGGGUAAAUAUGCCUUCUCGAGACUUGGAAAAUUAAAGAUGGCUUCAUGGUUGGCAGAACAGGAGGAGAAAUACCGUAUUGUCUUGUACCUGGCUGAUAGUGGUGUGACUUCUCAAUGGACACGUACUUGUAUUCGUCAAGCGGAUUGUAUUCUUCUGGUAGGCUUAGGGGAUGGUGAUCCGUCGGUUGGAGAGUAUGAGCGUUUCUUGAUUAAUAUGAAGACAACUGCUCGAAAAGAGCUUGUUUUAUUGCACGGUGAAAGAUCAUGUGAAUCUGGAUCCACACAAAACUGGUUAAAGAGUCGUCUAUGGAUUCAGGCUCAUCAUCAUAUGUACAUGCCCAUGAGACAAAAUGUAUCGCUAGCUGCUGCUGAAAAGUUCAGACCCCCUUGGUUAGCAGAGCAAGGUCGUAAAAUGACAGCUGGCUCAAUCAAUAUGCUUGCCAACGUCAAAGAUCAGAUCAAGGAAUACUAUUCCGCCGUUCCAAACUUUGGCCGCCUACUCGAUGUAAAAAAAUCGUCCAUUAACGGCAUCAAUGCGAUGAGUUCGCCCGCAAGAAAUGAUUUUGCUCGAUUGGCUCGUCGUCUUUGUGGUAAAUCGGUUGCACUUGUCUUGGGUGGUGGCGGUGCACGUGGUAUUGGCCAUGUCGGUGUUAUUCAAGCGAUUGAAGAGGCAGGUAUUCCCAUCGAUAUCGUAGGAGGUACCAGUAUUGGUAGUUUUGUCGGUGGUUUAUACGCACGUAACAUGGAUCUGGUAUCUGUCAUUGCACGUAGUCGAAUGUUUGCGGGUCGUGUGUCGAGUAUUUGGAGACAGAUUAUGGAUCUUACGUAUCCUGUCACUGCAUGGUUUACAGGUCAUGAAUUUAAUCGAGCCGUUUGGAAAUGUCUGGGUGACAGCCAAAUUGAAGACUACUGGCUUCCCUUUUUUGCGGUCACGACCAACAUUACUUUCUCUCGAAUGGAAGUGCACACAACUGGCUACGCAUGGCGCUACAUUCGGGCUUCAAUGUCACUCUCCGGUUAUAUGCCUCCUAUUUGCGAUAAUGGUAAUAUGUUGGUGGAUGGUGGUUACAUGGACAAUCUACCAGUAUCUGUAGCUAAGAAUAUGGGUGCAGAUAUUAUUAUUGCUGUCGAUGUUGCUUCAGAGGAUGAUACCAGCCCUGUGUACUAUGGUGAUUCUAUUAGUGGAUGGUGGGCCCUUUUACAUGGAUUUAAUCCCUUCCGGACGUACAACGUGCCCAGUAUUGCGGAUAUUCAAAGUAGACUAGCGUAUGUAAGUAGUGUUGCGAAAUUGGAGGAAGCCAAGGUGACGGAUGGCACCUUGUAUCUCAAAUUACCCGUGCAACAAUGGGGUACGUUAGAGUUUGCAAAAUACAACGACAUCUUCCAAAAGGGUUACGAUGUGGGGCGUGAAGUUGUAAAUAAAUGGAGAAAAGCAGGAUAUGCUUCCGGCCGAAUGACUGACUCUGAUAAAGACUAUGCCCUGACUGGCAAAGAAGUAAAGGGAAAAAGAGGAAGAAGAAACAGUAUUUAAAAGAGUUUGUACCAUAAUAAAGUUUAAAAAAAAACUGUA